CGGAACACAUCGUUUAUCUAACGGAAAAACAUUUAAUGACAGAUUUGAAUAAAUAACAAAAUAUGUGAACAGUGAGUUGAAAGUAAAUACAUUCUAUCAAAUAAAUACCGGGAAUUGCUCAUUUAAAAAGCCCACGUAAAAGGUACGAAAGAAAAUGUUCUGCUGUAAGUUGGUAUCAAUGUACUUAAUUGUCACGUAGAGUUUUGGCGCGAUUUGUCAACUAGUUUGUUUACAGCUGUUGGUUUUAUUAAUUAACAGUAAGUGUGCUCUGCGAUUUUUAAAAUGAAUAAAAAUAUCGAACAAAGAGUUUGCCUCAGAGUUUUGUUGUUUUUGUUGUCAAUGAAAUUUCUUGUGCUGAAUAGUUGAAAAUGUUGAAGAAGGCCUACGGUAAGUCAGUUUUAUUAAAAACACGAACAUAUGAGUGAUACAAAGCAUUCAAAGAAGGCCGCGAAUUAGUUCAAGACUUGCCUCGUUCCGGUCAACCUCCAACGUCCUCGACUGAUCAAAACAUCGACAAAGUAAAGAAAUUGGUAAUGGAAAUUCGUUAUUUAAGCGAGAUUACGAGAGAUGACUCAGGAUUUGGACAUGUCUCACGAAUCCGGAAAUGGCCAGAUUUAUGGAAGAACAAUUCUUGGAUUUUGCACCACGAUAAUAUCGUCCUACAUAUCGACACUAGUACGCAAAUUUUUGACCAAAAAUUCAAGGAAUGUUAUCGACCAAACCCUAUUCGCCAGAUAUGGCCCUGUGAGACUUUUUCCUGUUCCCCAAAUUCAAAUUACCACUUCGUGGAAGACAUUUUGAGCCCACUGAAGCCACAACAAACAAAAUACACAGAAGAAGCUGAAGGCCAUACCGGAAAGUGUCUAUAAGAAGUAUUUCGACGACUAGAUUAUUCGUUGGCAUAAGUGUAUUGCAUCAAAUGGAGUCUAUUUUCAAGCGUCUGCACAAAAUAAUAAUCAAUUAUGGUUCAAUAAUGGACAAAGCAAUAUUAGCCAGUUUGGAACAGGCAGUAAUGCAGCAUUUAUGAUUCCGUCGUCUCUGAAUUUGAAAUCCGUGAACAUGGAACCUAUGACUCCGGCAUCCACAAUUGUAAAUAAGCCCUUAGUGGGCAAUACAAACUGGAUUAUCAAACUGGCAAUAAAGAUCAGUUGUCUUAACAGAGAUUCUACUAAGGAAAACUAUCCUAAUUGGUGCUUCCUUAACAGGGAUAAUCCUAACGGGUACUUUCCUACCAAUGAAUACUCUAAUAGCGAUUACUCUGAAGAGGCCAGUGCUACUGGAGAGUCUCUUAACAUAUUCAACAUCAAUUUCAAUAUAAUGUUCCCAAAUGGAGGCUAUCAUGAUAAGAAUUAUCCUAAUAACGGUAAUAGAGGGCAUCUUAACGCACAAAAUCUCAACACCGCCACUCCUAACGUGGUCCCUCUCAAGGAAGGCUACCCUAACGAAGGUUAUCCUAACGGGACUAGUAAUAAUGGAGGGUACCUUAAUGGACAAAAUCUCAACACUGUCUCCCUUAAUGUAGUCCUCCAGAUUGGAAACAAUCCUAACGGGUUUAAUAAUAACAGCGAGAAUCUUAACAAACAAAAUCUCAAUAUUAUCUCUCCUAACGUGGUCUCCUAUGAUAUAAACAUGACGAAACUAUCCGAAAAUAGGAACAAAACAGAAACACCAUUUCAGUCCUAUCCUAGUGACGUUAAUGAUGGUAUACCAGGAAUACACAAAACGCAGCAGGAUCGUGGACAGUGUAGAGACGAUGAGUUCCGCUGUGGAAGCAACGAGUGCGUACCGCCUAGUGUCAAAUGCGAUAAUAAAGCUGAUUGUAGCGACUCCAGCGAUGAGGCAUUCUGUAUUACGGAAGGAGAUCAAGAAAACGGUUGUGCAUUACCUGAGCAGCCGACAGGUGGACGUUAUAAGUUGGAAGGAUGCGAUGAGCUAUGCCGCAAACAGCCUGGCGAUAUAGUCCCGCAAUAUAGUAUUCUCACUUAUACUUGUAAUGAAGACUACACGUUGGACAGUAGCAGUACUACCAUUUGUGUCUACAAAACAUGGGAACAUCAGGUCUCCUGUCUCAAAAUUUGCCCGCCGUUGAACAGCACCAGCGUAGACAUUUCCUGCAACUACAGAGGAGAAGAGGUGUCUUGUAGCGAGCCUAUACUACCUGGGACACAAGCCACGUUGACCUGUAAACCAUUUUAUAGAUUACCUUUAAUCAGUCUGGAUAACUUGUCAAUGGUGUGUCUCGACAGUGGAGUGUGGGAUCACGCCAUGUUUCAUUGUGAAUUAGUGUGUGGCAUAAUCAUCCCGCAAAACAAUCCACUAAUUGUAGUUGGCAACGGCAUUAAGUCCACAUUAGGCUCGUUUCCGUGGCAUGUUGGUAUCUACGUAAAAGAUAGCGCCAAAACGUACAAGAAUAUAUGCGGUGGCAGUCUGAUAAGCAAGAAUCUCGUCGUCUCAGGUAAGUCAACGAACAGACAAAUCUAUUUUCUUCUCAUCGAUCCUUUAUACAAGUCUCGUUUUCUCUUUCCACCCGCAGCUGCACAUUGUUUCUAUGACGAGGUUGAAAAUAAACCUUACAACGCGUCGAAUUACGCUGUGGCUGCUGGCAAAUACUAUCGUUCUUGGGAUGCCCAGGAGAAGUACAGCCAGAAGUCGUUGGUGGAGUAUGUAAAAUUGCGCUCCGACUACUUUGGAACGAGAGGUAACCUUGCCGAGGAUAUAGCUUUGGUGAAACUACAGACGUCUUUAGAUUUUAACAUGUAUGUGUCACCCAUCUGUGUGGAUUGGCAAAAUAUAUACGACAAAGAGCAGCUGGAAGAGGGACAAUUAGGAAAGCUGGUCGGCUGGGGUAAAGAUACCACUCUUAAGCCCACAGAGGAAUUAUUCGAAGUUAAUAUGCCGUACGUGGAGCGACAGAAAUGUCGGGAUAACGUACCUUUAGAAUUUCGCGGAUUCAUCACGUUCGAUAAGUUCUGCGCCGGCUUUAUGAAUGGUUCAAGCGCCUGCGAUGGAGACAGCGGUGGCGGCUUAAGUUUUAAGAAAAAUGAUAUUUGGUAUCUUCGUGGUGUCAUCAGCACGUCUCCCCAGAAGGAUGACCAUUGCGAUUUCAACUCUUACGUUGCAUUUACCCGGAUCAGUGUCUAUCUUGAAUGGAUUCAUAAUUUUUACGUUAAAAUGUAAACAUCUACAGGGAAAUGGGUUGUACGAUAUACGAAUUGCGAAAUAUGUUGUAUACAUCAUCGAGCCGGCAAUGACACGAGAUGAAUGAACGUUACGUAUGAGCAACGUAAUAAGAGCGACAAAAUCCUAAAUAUUGACAAUUAUCCUAAAUUUUGUAUUCAUUUUGCAAAAUACUCCAGUAACUUCGGUGCACAUUGACUGACAAACAGAAAUGGGAAAUCCAAGAAUCACGACUUAUGUCGCUUUUGUAUUACAAAUUCAAUAAAUCAUUAAACUAAAUUAUAUUCUU